CCUCCAUGCACUGCCUGGAAGCCCAGAGCUUGGUAGGUAAAGUGGUGCCCCCUAUGCUCAUCGUGGAGUUUCAGCUGGGGUUGCCUGGUAACCUGGUGGCCCUGUGGAUCUUCAGCUGCCGCAUGAAUGACUGGAAGUCCAACACCGUGUACCUGCUGAACCUGCUGAUUGCGGACUUCCUCCUGCUGGUCAGCUUACCCUUCCGCAUCGACACCCUGCUGCGCGGUGAGAACUGGGUGUUCGGUGACGCCUGGUGCCGCAUAAACCUUUUCAUGCUGGCGGUCAACCGUUCGGCCAGCAUCGGAUUUUUGACCAUCGUGGCUGUCGACCGUUACUUCAAGGUGGUCCACCCGCACCAUCAGGUGAAUCGGAUCACAACAGUGCAGGCGGGAAUUCUCUGUGGCACGACGUGGGCGGUGGUGUUGGCUCUACGGCUCCCCCUGCUGGCCGCCCCCCUCAUGCAGACAUCACAGGACCUCAACAUCUCCCUGUGUCGCAGUUUCAGCUCGUACAGCAACCCAUCUCUGAUCAUCAGGCUGCACUACGCAGUCUACAUAUUGGAGUUCCUCCUGCCAUUCAUGCUUCUGAUCUUCUGCUCCCUGCGGAUCUUCUGGGUCCUGCACAGCCGCCAGCUGGACAAGAAGCAGCAGGUGAAGCGGGCCAUCCAGGUGGUGCUGCUCAUCGUGGCCGUCUUCACCAUCUGCUUCCUGCCGGGAAUCGCCAGUGGGCUCGCUGGCAUUUUCAUUCUGAUAUUCAAACCCAAAGACUGCGCCUCCUACCGGAUAGUCACCCAGUUCUUCAGCAUGUCGCUCGGGUUCACCUACCUGAACAGCACCCUGGACCCUCUCAUCUACUGCUUCUCCAGCAGCAUAUUUCGGAACACCCUCAAGACCUCCUUGAAUGCACUGGGCAUAUGUCACUUCAAGGUGAGCUCGCAGGAAAACAUGUCCGGUGACGAUUGAGGGAGGACCAGGGUGUGGCCACCUCCAGGGGAAGGCCUCUCCCCCCCGCCCCCCCACCCCCCACAGCUUCUGCUCCAAGAGCAUCUGCGCUCCCUCCUUUCUGCAGUUUACUGUUCAAACUUGGACUGUCACCUGCAGUGUACUGCCAUAGCAACUUCUACUAAUUUGCAUCAUCAUGCUGAAUAAACUACGCUAAAAAUAUAUGCUCUGUAAAUUUGACAUAGUGGUGUUUAGAUCAAAGGUCAAUGGUGGGUUGGGAUCUUGAGUGAGAACAAAUCUGACAGACUUCCUUUUUGAUUAAAUCCUACAUUUGUUUAUCCUUUUAAAAACCAGGCAUGAAGAAUGAUUCUUCUGUUAUAUUUGUAAAUUAGAUGUCACAACAUGUAAUGUUGACUUUUGUUGGAGAAUGGCAAUUGUUUUAAGCAAGAAAGAUGUGUUUGUUAUGCUACAAGUCAAAGACCAGAAAUUGGUAGUAUCCAGUUGCAUGUAUGUUUCAUUCUUCAAAUCAUCGUCAGCACCACCUGAAGUCCUAUUUUUGCAACGGGUGCUGAUAAUUUGUACUUUUUCUUUUUUUUGAACCCCAGCAGAGAUUGUACGAAUUAGCAAACAUACUUCUUGAUAAAACUAAUAUCACUUUGCUGGUGGAAGUGGAUACGUCUUACUUUGAGGAUUUUUAUAAUGAAGGUUUUGUUUUGUAUUAAACUUUCUUGGUGAGGUUUAUUUAUUGUUUAAUUAUUAGAGGUCAGUGUAUGUUACCAUAUCAUUCUCCUUGAUAAACAAUUGGCCAUUUCAUUUGGAGAGGGUCAAUGUUUUGAUGCAUCAAACAACACGUGUCUUUGGUCAAAAUGAUUUUUAAGCAGUUGUUGCUGCUGUAGAUUUCAUUGUUGUUAACUUGUUUGUUUGUUUUGUUCCAUCUCAAAAUGUUUUGCUUCGCAUUAAUUAAA